GCAGUCUGGUCUGCUGGUGCUGGUCUCGUCUGGUUGGCUGGACUUGGACUUCGGCCGCCGCUGUUUGGUGUUAUUCAUUUAAAUUUAUCGAAAAUAUUUGGUUAAUUCCCUCAGAAGAGAGCUACAGCCACAAGAAUCAUGAGUAGUGCAUCUGUUAAGAGUGAGACGGAGUAUCCUCAGCUUGAUUUGUCGGGCAAGUUGAUAAUUAAGGUGCAAUUGGGAGAUGACGUUCGCCGGAUACCUAUUCACAAUGAAGCCAUAACCUAUGACGAACUGGUCCUUAUGAUGCAAAGAGUUUUCCGUGGGAAGCUUAACAGCACCGACGAUAUCACAAUCAAAUAUAAGGACGAAGAUGGAGACCUAAUUACAAUCUUUGACAGUUCGGACCUGGCAUUUGCUGUUCAGUACAGUCGCAUCCUGAAACUUCUACUGCUUGUUGGGGAUCAGAAAAAUGACGGACAGCUGCAACUUCAAGCAACUCAGGUCAAUGAAGUCCGGAGGGAGCUGCAGCAGAUUCGCGACCAGGUGAAUCGACUUCUGGACUCAUUGACCAACGCCUCUCUUAGCAAUGUGUCCUCCAAGCCCUCCAAGUCUGAUAAACCUACUUAUUCAGAACAAGUACCAUCUGUUGGACAGCCACCUUCAAACAGUGUUGUUUCCUUGAAUCCCAAAGAAUUUGACCCUCUUGGGAAAACUGGGAAAGCUGUUGAUUCGGUAAACCUUGAGGCUGCAACUCAAUCUGAGGCAAGCCGCCACACAACCCCUGACAUUCAUCCCCAGCAAGCAGCCCCAGCUUCUGUUUCAUCGACUCCUCAAAGUGUUACUCCUGUAUCUGUCACGCCGCAGCCACAACAUCAACCCUUACAGCAACCUCAGCAUGUGCCUACCACUCCAAGCCAGUACUCCAUGUACCAACCACCUGUGAGUAUGCCACAGCAGCAGUCACAGCCAGCCACGGUGGAUCCGUCUCAAGCUCAGCAAGUGCGGCCUUCCCCAUACCCUCAGUACUCCCAAUACCAAGCUGCACCACAGGGCUACGGUAUGCCACCCCUUCCUCAGCAGAAUGGUGGAGCUUCUGCAGGAAUCUCCUCAGGACUCCCACCAGCGACAAGUACUGCUAACCGUGCCAUAUACCCACCAAGUUCUACUCCAACCAGUAUGCCUCUCAGAUCCCCGUACGCUCAGAUGGGUGGGGCCAUUGGCACUGAACAUGGCUCUCCUACUCAUGCUUCACGUCAACAGAUGCCUGGUUUGCCCGGUCAAGGGCAUAGUCAAAUGCCUGGAAUGCCCUCACAGGGCCAGAGUCCAAUGCCGGGACAACUCCCUGGUCAUCCAUCACCUCAUCAUCCAGGACAGCUUCCUCCUCAGCCUGGCGUAGAUUACGGCCAGCAGCAGCAGCAGCGUUACCCAUCCAUGCCGCCCAUGGGUGGUCCUCCAAGCGGACCAUUGCCAACCCAGCAGACUCCUGGAUCUAACCCAUACAGCAAGAAUGUCUAUUCAUUUGGACCGAACCUGCAGCAGACCCAGCCACAACAGCCCCCUCAGCCCCAGCAGCAGCACCAGCAGCAGCCUAGUUAUUAAUUAAAUACUAUCCAUUGACUCUGUUGUAAUAUGUUUUGUUAUUAUUUCUAACUUUUCUUUGAAUAGUCAUCUUAAUUGAACAUCAUAUGGCAAGCAAUGAUUUAUUAUUUGCCUGUGAGUUUCUAUUUCCACAGCAGUGAAUGUUAACAUUUUCCGCAUGUUAGCAUAUGAAAUUCUAUCAAUUCACUUUAUUUAUACAUAUGUAGUUAUCUUUUUCAGGCGAGUUUCAUUCCUUGAGUUCUGGCUCCUUUUUAACUCGCUUUUCAUACUUAUUCACGUUUCUUAUUUUAUCUUUGUUAAUUUGUAACUAUAGAAUACUCUUUAUUUUCCGGACAAAGAUGCUCUUCACAUUAUCACUUAUGUAGCAUUCUCCGUAGCCAAGGAUUGUGUCUCAGGGAAGAUUGUGCAGUUUGUUUUAGUCUGUAACUACAAGAAAUUAUAUUCUUCAUUAAAGUUUGAAACUAUGAAAACCUACAUGGAUAUUUUACAAUUUGGAUUGGUUAGUGUGCAAGCAGAUUAGUCAAUCGCUUGCUACUGCUUGCAAAUUACAGGCUACAUUCAAAGACUGAUAACAUUCUUUUUUAAACAAACAUUGACAUAACUGAAUUUUUUUAGUAUCCCCAUCUACUAGAUGCAUAAUAAUUUUGUUAUUGAGUGAUUCAUGCAGGCGAGGAGAGCAAGUGUAUUUAAAACUUCAUUUGUGAACCAACUUUUCAGUAGAAAUAAUGAAGAUUGUGUAUGAAUGUAAAUGUAUGUUUAAUUAAAUGUUUAGUUUAUGUUUGAUUAUAUUUUUUAUGGACAUUAUAUUAGAGGUCUAUCAUUGGAAAUAAAAUUAUCAGCUUUGUUAAAA